CGUAUUUCUUCGAUUGAAUACACAAUCAUGGCUACUUGUAUUUAAACGACUUGUAUACUGUUUCAAUAUUUGAUAUUAAAUAGAGUUAUUUACUUCAUUAAGGAUUUUGUUUUUAAAGACAUAUAACAGAGAAAUGGGAUCCAAAGAAGAUGCAGCGAAGAAUAGGGCUUUAAGGGACAUUCGUACAUAUGAAGAUGCCUUGACAAUAAACAUGGAGGGCACUAUCCAAAAGAUAAGAGAAAGAAAGAAACGUUUACAUGAGGAAAUAGAUCGACACAUAACGGAUAUGCUUCAUGAAUUGAAGCUGAAGUUUGAAGAGGAAUUAAGUCGUAUUCAUUACGCUACGGAUAAGUUGAAGUCCAAAAGGGGUGGUAAUUCCUCUCAGUCGCGUACGAGUUCUUUCGAUAGAUCACCACGCUACCGAUCUACACCACGAUCCAGUAAUGUGGACUUCAGUCUGAACAGCAGUGGCAAUUCACAUGUUACGUAUGUGGAUAUUGAUGAGCGAGAACAGCUAGAGAAGAAGGCUUUUCAGUUUAAUGAAGGGGAGGUCAAUCCAACAGCGCUGAAAAAGCUGUUUGGUCACUACACUCUUGAAAAUUCUACGCCAAUAGCUUUUACACCUGUUAAUAGAGCUUUACAUGCUAGCAAGCGGUCCGAAGUGAAGCUACUACAGACAAUAAGGGUGGGUGACAAAAGUGAGACUGUGCACGCGAUUGCACCCGUUGAGGAGGAGCAGGCGUGGAUUUGCUGUGGGUGGGGAUCUCGCACACUCGCCCUAUACGACAGGCACGGACAGAAGCGUAAAACGGCGUCACUGGAUAUACAGAUCAAUGACGCCACGACGUUUUACGAUGGCAAGGAGGAAGCAGUUCUAGUUUCGAGCCACCGAGAAAAGAGUAUCAAACGCCUUAACCAGGAAUCCCUCCGAACUUCCGACUUCGCCUACAUCUCUUUGUUCCCCGGCGGAAUGAGCGCGGACAGUCGCUCAAGCCUCUAUGUCUGCUUUCGGGACAGCUACCAGCGGGCGGCUGUGUUUGGGUCGCGUAGGAUGGUAGCAAAACUUUCAAAACACGGCGAAAUUGUUGCAACCAUUGAGAAAAACGAGGAUCAGACAAAUAUAUUUGGGUAUCCCUUUAGGGUGGUAGUGAAUAUCAACGGAGAUAUUUGUGUUUCUGACUACGGAGACGGCACUCGAGGUGUAACUAUUUUGCGUAAAGACGGCACUGUUAAAUGUUUCUACAAAGGACCCCCGUUGCAACAUGGGAAUGAUCAGCCCUUCUUGCCGCAUGGGAUAACCUGUGACCAUGAGGGUCAUAUACUUGUUUCCGACUGGAACAAUGAUUGUGUGCACGUCCUUGAUCGUGAAGGUAACUUUCUCAUGAACAUUAUUAAUCAAAAGGACGGGAUUGAAGGUCCUAAUGCAGUCGCCAUUGACAAGAAAGGUCGUCUAUGGGUGGGAGAUAGCCACGGCGUAGUGCGAAUAUUUAGAUACUCGCUGUAUGAUCAAUAAUGCUCUAUUGUCUCAAACAGUGUUUGGUUGGCUGAAAUUGGUUAACGUCUUAUUUUAUUCACAAUGGAAAUGUUACUCCUGGUUAUAUCUUGUGUAUAAUUGCGACAAAAGGAGUAUUUUGUUAAAUUCAUUGUAAUAAGUCGAUUGUAAACCAACGGACAUUUCUUAUUUGCCUUUGUCUUGUUGUGUUGCUACAUUUCUGUUUAUGGUGAAUGUAUAGUAUUCCAGUGUUAUAAUAUAUCAUAUAUAGAAUAAAAUAUGCAAGCAUUAAAUAUAUUCAUAACCUUAA